AAAAUGUGGAGCCUGUGGUCCAGGAUAUGCAAGUCCUUUGCAAGCCAUGAAAGGUCCCCGGGAGGAGAUCCUGUACCUGCCUUGCAUCUACAGGAACACGGGCGUGGAGAAGCCUGACUACCUGGCCACGGUGGACGUGGACCCCACGUCUCCACAUUACUGCCAGGUGAUCCACCGCCUGCCCAUGCCCAACCUGAAGGACGAGCUCCAUCACUCGGGCUGGAACGCCUGCAGCAGCUGCUUCGGGGACGCCACCAAGAGGAGGAAUCGCCUCAUUCUGCCCAGCCUCAUCUCCUCCCGCAUUUACGUGGUGGAUGUGGGCACAGUCCCGCGAGCGCCCACCAUCCAUAAGGUUGUGGAGCCGGUGGAGCUGUUCUGGAAGGGCAAUGUGGCUCAUCCCCACACCUCCCACUGUCUGGGCAGUGGUGAGAUUGUCAUCAGCUGCUUGGGAGACCCUUCUGGCAAUGGAAAAGGUGGCUUUAUUCUGCUGGAUGGAGAGACCUUUGAAGUGAAGGGAAAUUGGGAGAAAGGGGAAAAAAUACCCUCGCUGGGUUAUGACUUCUGGUAUCAGCCACGGCAUAAUGUCCUCAUGAGCACCGAGUGGGGAACACCAAAAGUACUUGCAGGAGGGUUUGACCCAGCUGAUUUAGAGAAAGGUCAUUACGGCCGCCACAUUAAUGUGUGGGACUGGAACUCUCAUAAGUGGAUUCAGUCAAUUGACGUAGGGAAGAACUCUGUGCCUCUGGAAAUCCGAUUCCUCCACGAUCCAGCUGCUUCAGAAGGGUUUGUGGGAUGUGCUAUGAGUGGUGCUGUGCAUCGUUUCUACAAAACUGAGAAAGGAGACUGGGCAGCAGAGAAGGUGAUUGAAGUACCCAGCAAGAAGGUGAAGGGAUGGUUUCUCCCUGAUAUGCCCGGUCUCAUUACUGAUAUCCUCAUCUCGCUGGAUGACAGAUUCCUGUAUUUCAGUAACUGGCUGCACGGAGACAUCCGGCAGUACGAUGUCACCAACACCCGCAAGCCCAGGCUGGUGGGACAGGUGUUUCUGGGAGGCAGUAUCACAAAAGGUGGCCGUGUGACAGUAGUGGAAGACCAGGAGCUGCAGUGUCAGCCAGAACCAUUUGUGAUCAAAGGGAAGAAGGUCCAGGGUGGCCCUCAGAUGCUUCAGCUGAGCCUGGAUGGGAAGCGGCUGUACGUCAGCACCUCUCUCUACAGCGCCUGGGACAAGCAGUUCUACCCAGAUCUCAUCAAGGAAGGCUCUGUUCUGCUGCAGAUUGAUGUGGAUACUGAAAAAGGCGGAUUGAAAGUAAAUACCAACUUCCUGGUGGAUUUUGGGAAGGAACCUGACGGGCCUGUCCUAGCUCACGAGAUUCGUUACCCUGGCGGAGACUGUACCUCUGAUAUCUGGAUGUAAUUGUUUUAUGGAGCUGUUUUCUUUGUGCUUUUCUCUCUUUUUUCCCUCUGUC